CACUGUCAUAUCAUAGUCAAACCAGCAUUAGACAGGUGUGGUGGUGGUUGGCUGUGUCUCUUUUGAAUUUCAUUUCGAAUUAUUGAGUGUCAUCGAUCGGAUCUCGUUUUAUUUUACAAAUAAAACAUAAAUAGCCAUUUCUUUCUAUACUGUAAACACAAGGAACACACAAUUUUGCAGUUUUCAUUUAUCAAUCGCUCUAUAUUUACAAUCAAUAUGCAAGAAACCGUUACAAACUCUAACGAAAGAAAGUCAUUGUUCUCGUCGUUCUUGGAAGUGCUAGAGGCUCGUGACAAACAGGCUCAGAUCGACAAACAACUACAGGAAGAGAAAUAUUUAAGGAGGACCCAGCGAAUCUAUGAUUUCCAUGAACGGCAACAGCGUGAAGCGGUGGAAUUGCAGCGCUGCCUGGACUACGUGUCGCAGCACGCGCAUGUCCUGGAGACAGUGCUGCGCGGCGCGAGCGCGGGCGGGGCGGACGCUCCGCUGAGCGCGGCGCUGGUGCGGCAGGCGGCCGCGCUGCAGCGCUGCAUGGCGCAGUGCGUCGCCAACGCCAGCCGCAUCCGACAACUGCUCACCGCCACCCACCAGCCACAGAUGGACACCAUGCUCGCUAAGAUGGAAGCCGAGCUACGCACGUGGACAGCGUUCCUGCAUCGCGCCGUGGACGCCACGUACAACACCGAGGUCGUCAUCGAUAAUCUGCAGAACAUGAUCGCGGAGCAGCGGCGCUGCGUGCGCGAGGUCUCCUCCAGCACCGUGUUCACGUCGCUCACUGGCGGCGGGGGCGCGGCCGCGGGGGCGGGCCCGGCCGGGGCUUUAGGGAACGUAACACGACUGAAGUCACAUCAGUCAUACAUUGACACGUCGGUGACGGGACCAAUCGGCCGAGCUCUCCUGUUUACAUUACAACAAAUGUUGCGCUCGCCCGCCGUCUCAUUAGUAGUCAGUAGUCAGUAG